GUUGUUGAACAUGGCCGCGGUCAGCUCACAUGUGGGCCGGCGUGUCUGAGGCUGCCGAACUAAUAAGUUGAGUGACUGAAUAAUCAUCCAUCCAGAUGGGCAAGGCGAAAACGAAGAAACUCACAUCCCGACGCAAUAAUCCUACUGGAAUAGCGUCGGCUCGUGAAAUGUUAGAAGAGGCAGUACUCCAGGAGGCAAAUGUCAAUGGUUCUGUUGACGAACUGUGCGACAUGCUCCAAAGUAGUAAAGCAGAGGAACGAGAAUGUGCGGCAAACAUUAUGGCCAAUACUGCAAAAAACCCUGCCACCUGUGAGUCGCUUUUGAAAGCAUCUGUUAUACGUACAGCAGCACCACUUCUGCUUGACAAGAGCGUUUGUGUGCGACACACCAUUGCUGGAGCGCUUCGGAACAUAAGUGCCAUUAGCCACGAAGCAUGUCACGCACUCAUCGAUUUCGAUGUGAUGACACCAUUAGUAGGCCUCCUAAAACAGUACAAUUCUCCUUGGACACCUGUUGAACUGCAAGAGAAAAUAGACCCAAAGACUGAGGUUUUUCAUGAAAGCGUUCAUUUAUUGUGGAAUUUGUGUGAGAGCAGUGAGACCUCAGUUUCUAUAUUCAACCGGGAAAAGUUAUGGACAGUGUUGCUUCCCUGUAUUAAGUGGAAAGAAUAUGGCACGAGGAUAGCAACAGCCGUAGGUCAUUGCUUGCAUGCAGUGUCUGAGGAUAACACAGAACUGGCUGAAUGUUUGAAUGACUUUGGAGCUGGAAUUUUCGAAGAUGAAUCUAAAUACCCUGGUGUCAUACUGCUUCAGGUACUCUCAGCUGGGAUCCUGAUAAAUGUUAGAGAAGCUCAGGAAGUUCCCUUGGUGCCUGCUGUGCUGCCACUUAUCCCUGUUUUGACAAAAGCACUGUCUCUUCCAAUAUUUGAUCAAAUCGAGAUACUGUCAACAAAGGUGGCUGAGCUUCAUGCUGCUACGAAACAGAGAAUUGUGGAAGCAGAAGACGUGGAAGUGCAAGAGCAGGUCAUUGAUAGAUACGUUGCACAGAUUUUGGAAGCUUUGAUGGCCAAGCAAACUGCUCUGGAAAUUCUUUCCAACCUCUGCUGUGGAGAAGGUGACCAAGAGUCUGAAUAUGCUGACAUUUCUGACAACAGUUCCGAUACGUUUGAUGGUGAUAUGGAGACUGAAGAAACUUCUGCCAUUUUUCCCCUCAAUAUAUCGUCUGAAUUUCACGAGGCUCUGAUGGCACAAAACAUUGUUUCCAAGGUCCUGGACCACGUGAGCCAAAUGGAUGAUGCAUUUGGCCGCUGUCUUGCUGAGCACAAGCUUUCAGCCAUGGUGCCUACAAGGGUUCAUGCAGUUCGCUGUCGUGCCCUGCUUUGCAUUGCCAAUAUGGUUCAGGCUUUGGCUCCAGAAGAUCUUGGUGGAAUUCCUGGUUUGGUUAGCAUGUGGACAUGUUUGGCACAACUGGCAUUUGUGCAAAUGGAUUCUAAAGACUUUGAACUCUUGGAGGCAAGCACCAGUGCUUGCAGGUCAGUGCUGCAGACUCUAGUUUCAUUUGUUGCCAGUGCUGGAAAUGGUGGCACAUCACCUCUGCCUAGUGUGUCUGAUGAAGAACUUGGAGUACUCGCUGAAGUGGGUCUGCAAUGCUCUGAACCAUCUGUAAGGACUAAUGUGACCCGCAUCAUGGCCGCAUUAGGUUGCCUGUUGGGUGCCCAUGAGACUCGUGUCCUCAAGAAAGUAGGCCAGCACCUUUUGGAAGUUUCUUUCAAGGACCCUGACACUGUUGUGGUAACAGAAGCAUUGGAUGCUAUUUUCGAUGUAUUUGGAGAAGAUUCAACUGAUACAGUUGCCCGAGAGAUUGAAUUGGUAGCCAAGUUGCGGCAAGUACUACCUGCCUUUAAAAGCAAGGUUCAACAAGCAAAGACUACAUUGCCAAGUCACUACUCAGUGAUUGUCACAGCCAAAACAAAUUUGAUCCGGUUUCUCAAAUACAAGGCACAAAGGAGAGGAAUGCAGAACGGCUGUGAUGACUAAUGAUGCCUCCACUUUUAACUUUAAGAAGUUUUGAAAUGAUUUGCAUUUCAUUAAUUAAAUGUUCACAGAUUGGACAGGAAUAAACAUCUAAAGCUGUUAACACACU